AUGAUCGAUAAAAUAAACGAUGAGGCCGAGGAAAUUGGUCAAUUUGUGGACAAUUUCCUAGCUCGUCAGAUUGGCGCGUCGCAGAGCCACGGCGACAUUAUUUUUGAGAACCUUUCCGUGAUUGGAGCAGGCGUUGAAUUUUCUAGCUGGUGGUCCAGCAAAUCUGUUCCAACUUUGGUCCUGCUCCACAAGUUGACUGGCUCGAUUUGCCAAGGAGAGAUGCUCAUGGUUGUUGGGCAACCUGGCAGUGGUUGUACAAAUUUUCUCAGGGCCCUGGCCGACAUGCGGGAAGAGUACUUUGCUAUAGAGGGCAAUGCCAGCUUUAUCUCAAUGGGGGUUCAACUCCCGGCAUCAAUGGGUCGUCACGCUGGCUUCUUUCACCAAAAUGAUUCACAUCUCGAUUCGACAACGGUACGAGAAGCACUCCAGCUGAGUGCGCGACUUCGCCGCUCGGAAGAGGUUCCUCUGGAAAAUAAAACGGGGCAUGUUUAUAUGGUCAUCAAGCUUUUAGAAAUAGAAGAUAAUGCUGAUGCCAUCAUCGGUGUUCCAGGCGCGGGACUAGAUUUGGAGAGGCGUAAGCGUCUCAGUAUCGGAGUUGAGCUGGCGGCUAAGCCGAAUAUUCUUCUGUUCCUGGAUGAGCCACUUCGGUUUUAG